AUGCGUCCGAUGAACGCGCAUGGAGUGGCAGCCUUUGGAUGCAACAUCUUCUAUGCGCUUGGCCACGAGAUGUCCGGAUCAGACAUCGACGAGCACAACCUGACCAGGGUGAUCUUCAACACCACCCGAAGCGCCAAGAACCUGGCAGGCAUCGUCGUGGGAGGCCGUGCAUGGGGAUCCCUUCGCAAGCAUCUUGGCGGAUCCUAUGAAACAGCUCGGGCAGCCACUGAAGAGGACGAGGUGCUCAAGGAUGCGAAUGCAAAAGCUUAUUGCGUAUCUCGCAACAGAUAUUGCUUUACAUGCAUUGCGUUCGAGCAGCUGAUGACGCCACCUUCAACAGCUAACACCCUCAUCUCCCACGCGUCGAGCACACCGACUCCGGCACCUUUGCCAACGCCAACAACCUUACCGUCGUGGCCACCUAUGCCCCCGCCCGCCUCUAGCCCGUCUACACAACCUUUGCCGCCACCGCCGCCACCGUGCAAUACACAGCCGGAGCCAGCAAAUGCAACAAGCACACCGACGACAUCGGCAGCUACGGACCCGGACCACUAUGAUACGAACCUUGUAUUCAAAGCAACUUUGAAGAGGACAAUAGAGCCAACAGCUUGGAGCCGUGCCAAAGGACUUGCAGGCAUGGACGUCCGCGAUGUCACCGUUGCACAUCUUUGCAGGCAUGGCAUGGAAGAAUUUGGACUCCGAGGACUUUCCCACGGCAAAUUCACCGGCAUGAUUUUGACCCGCAACAUCGCCGAGAGCGUCCUCCUCUCCCAGCUCCAGAAGAAGCUCCGCGAGAACAACAUCGACGUGGACGCCACCAUCGACGCCAUCCACCAAAGCAAAGGACAAAAAGCCCCUGACAAGGUCAAAGAGGCUAUCACCUUUGUUACGCCCCUCGUCGACACCAUCAUGGAUGCCAUCAAGCCCUGGGCACAGGUACGCAACUAUGGCGCCAAAAACACCGACGGCGACAACCAAGCAGCUCAGCGUAUGCAGGCCCUAGAGGAGCAGACCGCCAAGUACAAACAACGCCUACGCAGUGCAGGCAUCGAGGUCACCCCCCAGAAGUCCCUCUCACUGCAAAAUGAGCCAGCUGAAGGUUCAGAAGCAACAGCGGCACCACCAAAGCGCAGACGCCUCACAAAGGGAGCCAUCAAGCAGCGCAACGAGGAUAUCCUCGCCGAGCCCCACAACGUGAUUCGUGCCAGUGGACAAGAGCCACCGACAAGCAUGACAUCGAUUGCAACUUGGGUCACCAACCUCAAGAAGAGCCUCCCCCGAGAAAAGCAUGCGGAAGUGGAUAGUCACAUACAGUCCGUGCAGACCAUCCUGGAAGGCGCCAAAUACACCAAGGCAGAGCUACAGGAGAUGGCUACGCGAUGGGGACUCCCCAUGUCCCUCACUACAGCGCCAAAGGCCUCGCCCAAGAACCUUCAGCAGUUGAUCGCCGCCGUCACCUACCUCGCCGUGUGA